AUGGUAUCAACGCCACAGACAAGACCAAUCUCGAACGACGAUGCAUUUCCUUCGCUGCAGCUCUUUCUUUUGGGCAUCUGCCGUGUGGCGGAACCCAUCGCCCUCACUUCAAUCUUCCCAUACUCAUGGGUAAUGGUCCAAUACUUCCACGUCGGCAACCCAGAUGACGCCUCCUUUUACGCCGGAAUCCUAGUCGCCGCCUUUUCGCUCGCUGAAGCCAUGACCGGAAUGUUCUGGGGUGCACUCUCCGAUCGUAUUGGCCGCAAACCCGUUCUAUUGCUUGGUUGCGCUGGAACUAUGCUUUCGCUGCUGAUUGUCGGGUUCGCCUCGAGCUUUUGGGUAGCCCUCCUUGGUAGAAUCAUUGGCGGUGUGCUUAAUGGAAAUAUAGGUGUGAUUCAGACCAUGGUCGGUGAGCUUGUGAAGCGUCCAGAACAUGAGUCUCGUGCUUAUGCCGUGAUGCCGUUUGUCUGGUCAAUUGGCACUAUUCUCGGACCUGCCGUUGGAGGUUUAUUAGCCAAACCGGUUGAAGGGUUCCCAUCCAUUUUCUCCCCAGAUGGUAUAUUCGCAAAGCACCCAUUCCUAUUGCCUAACCUCUUCUGUGCCGGUCUCCUUUUGCUCAGCAUUGUUGGAGGCGCUAUACUUUUGCAGGAGACUCAUCCCGAGUUUCAGCCACGAUCAUCGGAGUCAGAUUAUAAAGUGAAUGUUGAAACACCAUUAAUGGCUGCCGCCGGUGCUACGGCUAAUCCCGGAGUUGAUCUUCGCGCUGAAUCGUAUGGCACGUUCAAUGAAGUCAGUAUGCAUUCGAAUGAAAGCUGGCGCAUUGAUGGUGAGACCUCCAAAGAGAGAUCAUCCUCACCGCGACACGAAGUGGCAUUCACAUCCCAGGUUCUGAUGUUUAUUAUUGCACUGGGCAUCUUCACCUACCACUCGAUGACCUUUGAUCAUCUCCUCCCGAUAUUUCUCCAAGACAAGCACCAGGUCGAUUUCAUUCCACAUUCAUUUCCUCGUAUCUCCGGUGGCUUGGGACUGUCUACGCGAACUGUUGGAUUCAUCAUGUCUGUCGAUGGAUUGAUGGCACUCUUCAUUCAAAGCGUUAUCUUCGCUCCUUUGACCGAUUGGCUGGGUGUUUGGAGACUCUUUGUGCUCAUCACGGCUUUACACCCGAUAACGUAUUUCAUCAUUCCCUUCCUCAUCUUGCUUCCAUCAAACAUCGUCUACGUUGGUAUAUAUACCUGCCUAGCGAUCCGUAAUAUCCUUUCCAUAGUCGCCUACCCAGUUCUUCUCAUUCUCAUCAAACAAUCCAGCCCUUCUCGCUCCGUCAUGGGUAAGAUCAACGGAUUAGCUGCAUCAACCGGUGCGGCAUGCCGUACAAUUGCUCCUCCGAUAGCUGGGUAUCUGUAUAGUGCCGGAACAGCCAGUGAAUGUACCGCCAUUGCAUGGUGGAGUAGCACUCUCAUCGCGUUGAUUGGUACCUCUCAGCUAUGGUUCGUCAAACGUCGCAAGGAUACAGUUACGGUACGGUCUGCAGCGCCGUGCUUGGCUGCUGCCGGGCCUCCUGCUUCUGAUAGCCAUCCACACGAAGUGAUUCAUGUGAUAGUGAGUGAGGAGGAUUAUCAAGCUUGA